AGUAAGACAGACCCUCUGUCUACCCCUUCUACAUCUAUUGCAGUGAAACCCUAAAGCCCGAUUUCAAGUUUGUAUCGGAGCUGCUGUUUCGCCAUUUCUGAAGGAUUUUUGAUGGUAUAAAUCCGUUGAUUUGCGGAGAUAGGGGCUUCGGAGUUGUUAAAAUGGCGGAGCCUUCGAGUUCUCGAAUUACAAUCACCUUAGGACGCAGCGGUCAGGUGGUAAAGAAGGCAGGAUCUGUGUUAGAUCAUCCCUUUCCUGAUUCAGGGCCAGCAGUUGGGAGUAAACGGUCUGUCAGAGAUAGACUAGGUAGCAUUGCAGAUUCAACUACUGAAUUCAAUAAUAAACGUCAGCGAGGAGAUGGAAGUAGAUUGGGCUCUAGUGGCAUUGAAGAUGGGCGGCUUGGUAAAGAUGACCUGCGAUAUAAAAUCAUGCGGAAAGCUGCGCUUGACCGAGGUCAAAGCAAUGGCCAGCAGAAUGGGGUGGACCUUCGUGAUUUCCUAUCAAGGCCUGCUCAGUCUUCAACAGCAAAACCUAGUUCACGGCAGCACAUACCUGAUCAGAGGGAUAAUAGACGGCGAGUACCUGAGCCGAGGGAUAGUAGAGCACGGGUACCUGAGCCAAGGGAUAAUAGAGCACGAGUACCUGAGGCGAGGGAUAAUAGACCACGAGUACCUGAUCCAAGGGAUGAUAGACAGCAUAUGCUUCAUUCAAGAGGUUCUAGAGAAUAUUUGCCUGAAAUCAAAGAUUCAAGACAGUACAUGCCUGAAGGCAGGGAUUUUAGAGGGCACCAUCCGGAGCUAAAGGAUGGUAGGUACAAUACACCCGAGUCAAGGAGUGUGAGCAUACUGGGACGAGCUCCCUCAGCAAGAAAUGCAGAUGCUUUACCCAUGAUGGACUCAAUAAGGAAUUCUUAUUCCCCGUGGACACUGGAUCGUUUAAGGCGAAGUUCACCAGAUGGAGUUCAUAGUUCUUCUAGAGGUAUUUCACCACCAAGGAGAGGGGAGGAACUGCAGAGAAGACCUCCAGUGACGCCUUAUGAUGACCCUCGACUCAGUUCAUACACAAGGAAAGAUGUCUCUGAGCUUUCACGCCCCAUGACUUCUACAGCUUACCUGUCAAAUACAUCCCAACCUGCUGGGCCUGGAAAGACUGUUGCACCAUUGCGUGCCCCAAUCCCUCAAUCGCGGAGUCUAGUGCAGAAAAGUUCAUAUGCAGUUGAGGAUCAACCUACUGUUGAUAGCUUUUUGCACUCGUUGGGUCUAGAGAAAUAUGCUAUCCAUUUCAAGGCUGAGGAAGUGGAUUUGUAUUCACUGAAGCAGAUGGGUGACAAUGAUCUGAAAGAGUUGGGAGUACCCAUGGGUCCGAGAAAAAAAAUUCUGCUUGCAUUAGCAUCUCGUGCCAGGAGACAAGUAUGAUCACAUGAACUAAUGCAAUUCAGAUACAUUCUGGAGCUUUGACGCAAAAACCAUGAGAGCUGAAGUGAGAUCUUGCAACUCUACAUAUGCCUUAUAGUCUGUAGAGCAUGUACUUUCCUUCUCGUGCUAGCUGCGCGAAUCUGUAUGGAUCAGUUGUUAGAUCCCCUAGUCAAUUCUGUAGUUCCCUGCACAGGGCAAAGUAUUUUGCCAGAAGCAGUCUGAUCCUUUUGUUGUUUGUCACUAUUUUGUUUUUGUGGUAUCCUCAAUUGUUAUGGAAUUACACACCAGUAAACCCUUUGACAUGAAAACAAAAAAGUUUGUGACACCCAUUUAAGGUAUUUUUCAACGCGUUAUCGAUCA